AUGGACAAAGGUAUUUCAAUCCCCCUCCCUUCUGUUCUUCUCAAAGCAACCCGUGCGCGUGCAGACCUGCGUCCGAAGGCCUAUGCACCCAAUUCGCUGCGCCACGAGACCUCUAGAACCGCGGGGCUCUCUCGGAACCGGGUCUCGCGCCAGGAACCCGCUGAGAGUCUGCGAGCUUACUCCGCCCCUGCCCCUCUGUCGCCCAGGUCCUCAGCUCAAACCCGAGCUCUCCCCGCCCCGCCCCCUCAGGCUCAGUUCUCAGGCCGUUCCCUAGCCAGCCCCGCCCCGCCCCCUCCGUCUAGCGCCCUCCACCGCUCCCCAGGCUUGGCCCGCCCCCUCCACGCCCCUCCCCAGUUCCCAGAGCUCGCUCCACCUCAGCCCCGCCCCUUCCGCCGCCUACCUCCGCGGCUCCGCGAGCUUCAGCAGCAAGCGGUAUCGUCUCCAUGGCGACACUCCUUGCACAGAAAGCCGACGGAAACGCCAGCUAAACGCCUGGCCUUCGCAAAGUGCCUUUCAGAUGAUCCAUGUGAGAAGGCCACAAGCGGAUUUGGCCCUAAGUUUUGUUUUCCAGAAAUCCCUAGAAAUUAUCUAGAAAAGACAGAUGUUGUAAAGGCACAAAACUAUAUUCAGAAUGGCAAACUGCUAGUGUUUGAUCCAAAGGAAAAAGUGGUGAUUAAACCAAAUGAAACCAUGUCAGAGAAGGAAGUCUCUUCAAAAAAUAUUGAAAAUAAGGUCUCUUUAAAGAAUACUGAAAAUAGAGUGUCUUCAAAGUGUAUUGAAAAAAAAGAUACAGAAACAAAUCUACAAUCUAAGCUAUGGCCAUCUUCCUUCUUAAAAGAAAGCACAGGUGAAGUGGGCAAAGAUGAAGUCAUUGCAAACCAUGGGAAAAAUAAUGAAUAUUGCCUUCAGGAUAUAGAUGAUAAACUGUCCGAAUCAACAGAUGAUGAUGGUGAAGAUGACACAAGUGAUGAAGAUAAUGAAGACAGUAACCCAAAUAGUGAUACUCAUGCCCCAUUAGAAUUAAUGGCAGAAUUCCUAAGAGCAGAAAUGUGCCAAGACUACCAUUUGGCUAAAAAAUUAUGUCAGAUGAUCCUAAUUUAUGAACCAGAAAACCCUGAGGCCAAGGAGUUUUUGUCACUUAUUGAAGAAAUGUUGCUGAUGGAGAAAUCUCCAAAUCUUGAGGAAGAUGAUAAAGAUAGUGAAGAAGACAGUAGCGGUGAGAGUGAAGGAGAAAGCAGUGAGGAGCUAAGUGAAGGAAGCUCGGACGAAUGUGAAGACGGGUGAUGAAAGAUGCUACUGUGGUCUCAUCUUCACAUAUUUCUAUUACUGUGUAACUUGGAAAUAUAAAGAACAGAGCUGCAUUUCAGUCUAA